CGUAAACGUUGAGAUACCCGUAUGUACUCGCAGCUUUUCGACGGCAACAUGUCGAAAAGGAGGGAGCCAAGCGGAGGAACUGCGUUUGUGAAAGGCACGGUCGAAACAUAAAGCAUUGUUAAACGAGGCGGUGUUGUUUUCACGUGCUUCAGAUAAGGGUUGCAUCAAAGUUACAGCUUAUUUAGAGGGCAAGUGAAAUCCGGAUGGGUGGAUAACGACGCUCUUUGCCACGGAGAGGUAGCCCUGUAGAAGCGGUGGAGUGACGGGUAGCAAGCUAAUACAGGUUGGGGUUGCUGUUUGUUAGGGGAUGUUAUCCGUACUGUCCUAUGGCAGACUUGUUGCGAGGGCUGUCCUUGGAGGACUCUCUCAAACCGAUGGUCGGGACUACAAGCUAAUCAGUGCCAGCUAUGGCUUUGGUAAAGACUUUCGUAAGGGAAUCCUGAAAAAGGGCAUGUGCUAUGGGGAUGAUGCGUGUUUCGUAGCACGACACAAGAGUGCCGACGUUUUGGGAGUAGCAGAUGGUGUGGGAGGUUGGCGAGACUAUGGUGUUGACCCAUCUCAGUUCUCUGCUACCCUCAUGAGAACCUGUGAGCGUUUGGUGAAGGAGGGACGCUUCACUCCGAGUAAUCCAGUGGGCAUUCUGACCUCAGGCUAUUAUGAACUCUUGCAGAACAAAGUGCCCCUACUUGGAAGCAGCACAGCUUGUAUUGUGGUUCUGGAUCGGCGGAGUCACCGGUUACACACUUGCAAUCUUGGGGACUCAGGCUUCUUAGUUGUGCGAGGUGGAGAAGUGGUACAUCGUUCUGAUGAGCAGCAACAUUAUUUCAACACACCCUUCCAGCUGUCCAUUGCUCCUCCAGGGGCUGAAGGAGUGGUGCUGAGUGACAGUCCUGAAGCAGCAGAUAGCUCAUCCUUUGACGUGCAGCUUGGUGACAUAAUCCUGACUGCCACAGAUGGCCUCUUUGACAACAUGCCAGACUACAUGAUUCUCCAAGAGCUUAAAAAACUGAAGACAACCAACUAUGAAAGUGUCCUGGAGACAGCACAGAGUAUUGCCAAGCAAGCUCACGAUCUUGCCUAUGAUCCCAACUACAUGUCUCCCUUCGCACAGUUUGCCUGUGAUAAUGGUCUGAAUGUUAGAGGAGGGAAACCGGAUGACAUCACAGUGCUGCUGUCUAUUGUGGCUGAAUAUACAGACUAAAAGUUUUUCUUUGUUUUCCCAUCUGCCUGAGUCUUCCAGUUCUUCCAAAGAGCACUGCAUCCAAUGGGCUGCCAAGGUCCACCUUCACAAUAUACACUCCUUGCUCUGGAAGCUCACAGUCACCAAUAUUUUUUCUUCCAUUAUUUUAUUUUAAGGUGAAUGGACUUCUAGGGGUGUUUCAUGUUGAUCAUGAUGCAGAAUGGUAGGUGGCAUGAUACUGAGCUUUUGUGAGAACAAUCAGCCAGUUGUUUUGGUUUUGAGACAAAUGUGUCUAAUUCACGUUUAUGCACAUGUCAUUAGGGAUAAUUUUAUGGGGUAAAACGAUGGUUCCCCAAGGUGAGGUUGGGACCCCUUGGGAGGUCACAAGGCAUUAGCUGCAGAUUGUGAGAUGACUUAAUUGAUGAUUAAAUUUAAAAUUGUGCCACUUUAUGUGACCUAUUUUUUUAAACUGAUAACUAAAUACGUGUAAAAUUGGACCAAAUGACACAAACCACUACAGUAAAUGCAAUUAAACAAUUUUUUUAUGUUUUACAAAUUGAAAUGAUCAGACAACAAUUACAUUUUGCAGUGGGAAUCCCGGGCCAGUUGCAUAGUUGUUUUGGAGGUCCCAGCCUGAAAUGUUUGGAAACCCCUUGGGAUAAAAUAUGGAUAUGAAGAGGCAAAAGUUGGGUCUUCAUGUUUUUGGUGGGAAAUGUGUGAAUUGACAGAAUAAGAUUAGGAUUUUACUCUUAAGAGUAGAUCUUUUGAAACUGUAAGCCUUUAUGUGAAGCUAAUUCAGGUUUUGUCAUUCAGCUGAUGCAUAUGUCAGUGCACACAUCCUGAUAGGUUGUAAAUAUUUUGUUUGCUUACUAAGCAAAUGUUACUAUUUUGAUAGGUGGACACAAGCGUUCAUUCAUGCAACAUUUCCUUUGUAGUUUAGUGAUCAAUUCCAAUCUUUCAUUCACUGAAAUGAAAACCUUAUAAGAUGUCUUGCUUGCAUUGUGUGUGCGCGUGUGUGUGUGUGUGCGCAUGUGUGUGCGUAAGAUGUAAGGAUUUUUCAUUUGAAUGUCUCAUAUUUAAUGUUUAUCCUUUCAGAGCUGUGGCUGGCAUCUGUGAAAGCUUAGAAUUGCAAUGAUAGGUCAGGCAUAAAUUUUACAGAAAAAGGAUGUAUUUUUGUAAAAAAUAUUGUUACCUUAAAAAAGCUUGAUGUGUUAAAUGGCAUUAUGGAUGGAUUACCUUAAUCUGCGUUGUGUUGCGUGAGUAUGCCGUUAUAUAUAUUUUUUCCAUCCCUUUACAUGGCGUGCUGCUUAUUUUUGUACUUUAUAUCUGUUAAGGACUUGAUUCAGAUGGACAUGGUCACAUGAUUGUAACAAGUGCUUGUAAAUUUGGGUGCUGGAUCCUGUCACGUUUGUUAACAAUACUGUUCUUGGCAUUUGAAAGCUAACUUAAAGUAUUUACACUUGAGUGGAGCACCAAAGACAUGGUUUUGCAUAUAUCUGUAAUUGUUUCAAACGGCAUUACUGUAAAUUUAUGGCCAUAAUUCUGUUGAGAUUUAGGACUGUACAUAUAGGAAAACAAAUGUGAUCAGAAUACUACACUGCUCAAGCUGAUUGUUUAUGCAGUGUACAGGUUUAUAACCAAAGAAGGAAAGCCAUAUUCACAUUUUCUAUUAGGGCAUUGCUAGGUUUGCCCUGCUGUAUAGAUGACUCGGUGUUUUGUCAUUUAUACUGUCACAGUUUUGUUUGGUUUUUUCAUUCAUAAAUCAUUGACAACCUGUUAAGAGUUGAAUUGCAAAAUUAUAUGAUGAUUCUUUUUUUAACUAACCGCAUAAUGAGUUUGAAGCUUAUGGCCAACACAAUUUAAAUUUACUGGACGUUCUCUAUGGUACUAUUCAGUUGUGUCCCUUUUGUUUUACAUUACAAACUUGUGUUGUCCAUUUCCCUGGCAUCCUUUGUGGCACUGGUUAAAUUUCUAACGAAGUGUAGUGAGAAUAAUAUAACCAAUAUGCAUAAAAAAUUAAAGGGUAUAAUUGCUUGAACUUACUAAGAAGGUGCAAUGAGCACAGUUUCAGCCUUAAUAGCUAAACCUGUAAUCUUUACUGUCAUUGCAGUCUCUUUUUCUGUUGCUGAUGUUGCCCAAUGUUCACGUAAACACAGCCUGUUCAUCUUGGAUUUUAAAAAUGGUGCUUCUAUUGUCUGCUUGGUAUGAUUGUUCUCUCAGCUAACAAUGUCUAUGUGAGAAAGAUACACAUGUUUAGAGUGUAACAAUGCAGGUCUAAUUUAUGUAAAUGGUUUAUAAAAAUGUACAAUAUUUAAAUAAAGAGUCUAGUAUUUAUAAUAA